CACUGCAUACAACCAGUGAAUCUGUUUUCAUCCUCGGUUCAAAUCAAGAUUCCUCUCAAUUUUUCCAAGAAAAUGCUUCUAAACACUCCCACUUGUACACACACCUUCACCACCAUAAAUCACCAUCACACCAUCAGUGCUCCAGUUUUGCCCAAAACCCUAUUUCCCAUUUUUGGUAGAAAAAUCAAGGGGUUUUCAUCAAAUUGGAGAUUUAUAUCCGACUCAACAGCUGGGACUGGAAGAAGAUCAAGCAUCAAAAGCUCAUUGAUUGAGGCACCUGUUCUAUGGGCUGGAAGAGUAUGUAUAUUCUAUGUCCUCUUGAAGGCUGGUUUGGCUGGAUCCCCUUCUAAUCCACUCGCCUCCACCACAGAACUUGAAAGUGAUGGUGACGAUUUGGGUUUCGCUAAGUGGUUUGAAGAGUUCCGAGGCAAACCAGAAAGAGAAGCAGCAGAUCAAAGGAAACUGGUAAGCAAAUGGCACCCUACAACCAAGGGUACCCUUAGGCGAAACUACAGGAUCCCUUCAAAGGCCGAAGGGCGUCGUCUUCUCAAAGCCAUCGCAUCCUUGCUUUCAGAUGACGAUCACUUCCGAGAUGCCACAUCCCACAAGGGUUGUCAAAUUAGAAGGGAGAGUGCUCAUGGAGAAACCGUAUGCUGCAACAACGUGAGGGCUUUGUUUGAUGAACUUCCGACACCACAUUUGGUUGUGGAGAUUACUCCUUUUCCUGCUGGCCCGCUAACGGAAAGUGAUUAUGCUAGGGCACAGAAGUUAGAGAAAGUUCUUAGGACUGGUCCUUCUGUAUGAUUAAUUUCAUCAUCUUCUUGUAUGUAACAAACUAAUAUCAUGUACAUAUACAUCGUCUUUUAAGCACACCCAAAAAUGGGUUUUCCAAA